AAUAAUUGACGUCACCAUCAUCAACAGCACCGAUCAGCUGCAAAUCCAAACGAGAAAAUUAAUGAUUUAAUUUUGUUAAUGCAUACUUGAUAAUAUUGAUCAAAACAAAGUAACCUAAUAAGAUCAUUAUUCUUAAGUUUAAAAAAAAAACCUGAUAAAGAUAUUUCUGAUAAAAACAAUCAGAAUUUGAUAACGAUAAUUGAAUGUCCAUGGAGGCAAAACUUAGAGAGUAUCGCGCGCUCCGACGGAGAAAGGAACUACUGAAUAGCGCAAAAGAAAAGCUUGAAAAAUCUAAGGAGAAACUUAUAAAUUUGUUUGUGCCGAAUAUAUUUAGGAACAUGGAAAGAGAUAAAAAUGAGGAAGUUUUGUUGCUAGAAGAAGAAGAACCAGUUAGAAAUGAGCUCAAAACAAACCUUAUCAUGGAAGAAGAUCCAUUUCCAGAAACCAGUGAAGAAAAAAAUCAAGAAUCAUGGAGAUAUUUCACAAUAAAAUGGUCACUAUAUACCAUCAUAUGGGUUACAUUAUAUGCAAUCUUUUUAAAACUACAAUUUGGUGCUGUAUUUUUUAUAGUGUCAAUCCUCAUAGGUAUAUGUUUGAAUACUAGAACUAGGCCGAAAAAGGAAGGCGAAGUGUCAGCUUAUAGUGUAUUUAAUCAAAACUGUACCAGUAUUGAUGGGACUUUAAAAGCAGAACAGUUUGAGAAGGAGAUAAGAUUUGGUGCUGCCAGUGUACGAUGAAUUAUUGAAUCUCUUAAUGUAAGGAAGGUGUGUAAAGCAGCUUAUUAUAUUUCCAUCCCUAUCCCUACAUAGUAUAAGAUUUUUAGACAUUUAAGUUUAUAUUUGUAUACAAACAAUUAAAAGACAUUAAAUAAGGAAGAGUUAAGUUCUAUUUUUUGUUAUUAUUUGAGUAGUCGGGCCAUCAAUCAUUUUCCUAUUUGUAUAAUUAUGUCUAUUAACUCCUAACGGCUCACUAAGUUUGAACAAGACAAAGCAUUUGUAUUUAAACUAGGGGGGUCCACUGUCACAGUACCAGUGGUGUCAGUGGCGUGCAUAAGGUUGUCGAUCAGGGUAUGCACUAGUAAUAAAAUUAAGCAAACUGGAAAUAUCUGUAAGCAUUAAGAAAACUCUUGGGGUAUGCAGUACUUUAAUGCAUGUAUAAAAUGCACGCCGCUGAGUGGUGUAACUAUACCAUUUCGAGCCACAUGGCGGUUUCAUUACAGGACCCUGGAAAAAUGGUCACAGUAUAUUUUUUAAAUGUUAAUUACUUAGUUCUCAACCUUAAGCCAGGGACUCCUUCGGAAUGCGGGCCCGAUUUUGCAGACCUACCACCCUGUUAGUUACGCCACUGCUCAGUACAAAAUCUCAUCACAUCUUUAAGUUUCAAUUUAAUCCACCUCUCUGUCCACCAGUGGUGUAACUUUACCAUUACAUGAAUGGCCCUAGAAUGAUCUGCACUUUUAAUUUUUUAAAUGUUAAAUUGCUUUUGAGGUUUAGACCUCUCAGACCCCCUCGUGUCGCGCUGGUUGAGUUAAUAAAUUAUUGCAACCUAAACAAAAAUAAAGACUGUAUAUUCGAAAAGAGAAACAAUAUAUAAAUGUUUCUAAUAAGUUUUUUGUACUUAGUAUAUAAACCCAUUCCUAUUUAUUUUAAGUUUUAGUAAAUUAUUGGAAAAUAUAUGGAAAAAAAUAAAAAUAUUUGAAUGUA